AUGGGUGCAAAAAUUUGUAGCAGCAACACUGUUCAUACUCAGCAGGAACAUCCUGUUCAACAACAACAAAAAGAACCGGUCUGGGAUGGUAAUAAAGUGGAAAUGAUCAGUGAAAAAUUAGCAUCAAAUGUGUAUGCAUUUUAUGAUAAAAAUGCCAAAGAACUCAAUGCGAAAGGUGGUGCUGCAGCCACUAGUGGUGGACUGAUUGUUGGUGAGAAAGGUUGUUUGAUGAUUGAAACAAUGUUGAACAAACGUUUAAAUGCUCAAGUUCAACAAUUGAGUCAAAAUCUAUCAAAUAAUAAACCAAUUCUUUUUGCUGUCAAUACUAGUUCACAUGGUGAUCACUGCUUUGGAAAUAUGUAUAUGCCGGCAACAACGGUAAUUAUUCAACAUAUUCAUACAAAACAAUUUGUUGAUCAACAUAUGGCUGAAGAUAAAAAAUUUAUGAUACAAAAUUUUGGACAAGGACGUGGUAUUGAAGAAAUCAAAGCUCGUACUGGUGAUAUGCUUGUUGAACAUGGAUCAAAAAUUCAAAUUGAUCUCGGCGGUGGCAAACUUGUGGAAAUUAUUGAUUUUGGUUUUGGUCAAACAGGUGGUGAUCUAUUUAUCUGGGAACCACAAUCAAAAGUGAUGUGGGCUGGAAAUCCGAUUGUUGCACGGAAACCUGCAUUGCCAUGGCUAUUGGAUGGUCAUCUAGUUGAAACACUUAAAACAUUAACAAAAGUUUACGAAUUUCUUCCGAAUGAUGCUCAAGUCGUGCCGGGACAUGGUAUUAUCAUGAAAAGAGAAGAUAUUCGAUGGCAUAUUGACUAUCUCGCGGCCGUUAAAAAUCAUGUACAAAAAGCUAUUGAUCAAGGAUUAAAUCUCGAGCAGACAGUGAA